AUGAACAAGAGCUUGGUAAUACCAGCUCCAAGAGAGCGUCGAAAGAUCGAGUUGUACUCUCCGCAGUACUACGCCGCCUGUACGGUCGGUGGAAUUCUCAGCUGUGGCCUCACUCACAUGAUUGACCCUGAAAAGCACAAGAGCAUCUCGUCUGGUUUUGGAGUGUUGCUUAGGGAGCAGGAACUCAAGGGCUUCUUCAGAGGAUGGGUGCCAACUCUGCUUGGUUACAGUGUUCAAGGUGCCUGCAAGUUUGGAUUCUACGAAUUCUUUAAGGAGUAUUAUUUUGACCUUGUUGGACCAGAGUAUGCAACCAAAUACAAGACUCUGAUCUACCUUGCUGGCUCUGCAUCUGCUGAGCUGAUUGCGGAUGUUGCUCUUUGCCCCUUCGAGGCUGUGAAGUCUGUGUUCAGACUCAACCUGGUUUUGCUGGGGAAUUGGCCGACGGACUUCCCAAAUACAAUGAUGAAGUUUGCAUCUUUUGAGACCAUUGUGGAACUAAUCUACAAGUAUGCCAUUCCUAAGCCCAAAGAAGAGUGCAGCAAAGCUCUGCAACUUGGAGUGAGCUUUGCUGGUGGAUAUGUGGCCGGUGUUCUCUGUGCUAUUGUGUCUCACCCUGCCGACAAUCUUGUCUCUUUCCUCAACAAUGCUAAGGGAGCGACUGUUGGUGAUGCUGUGAACAAGCUUGGGGUGUGGGGUCUCUUUACACGUGGUCUUCCCCUUGGUAUUGUCAUGAUUGGAACUCUCACAGGGGCUCAAUGGGGGAUCUAUGAUCAUUGUCAAGCAUAUAUGUGCAUGGCUGCCUCUGCAUGUGUAUGUAAUGUAGAGGCGCUUAGUUGUUUGUUGGAAGCUGACUUGGUAGUUUCUAAUGGGCUUUUAAUAUGUUGUCCAGGCGAACCACUGGCGGUGGUGUUCCUGUUGCUGCCCCAACCCAUUCUUCUACUGAGCUUGCAAAGCCGUAGAAUCAACUGGAAGAGUUUAUUUGCGGAACCUGAGACAGUACCUCAUCAAAGGAUCAAUAAGCAUAGAAUAGCUGAUGCUUCUUGAAUGGCAUUUUUGGUAGUUGAAAGGUAUUUUUUUGCAUCCAAAGAUUGUGCCCAUUUUUGGUUUCCUAUAUCCAAGGGCUAUCUUUUAUCCUUUGUAUUGUUAAGAAGUUUUCGGUUAGAAUAGGUAUAAAUUCUCUUUUUGAUAGUGGGAUCAUGCCUUGUCCCCACCUUGAGAAAGCAUCAGAAGUAACGGACUGAUCGAGGUUAAUACUUGGCUCCAUCCUACAUAUACAGUUG